AAGUGCGAAUUCAACAGAGAUGCUCAAGGGGGCGGGUUUCGCUUCUCUCCCCGCCCGCGCGCGAGCCGCGGCCGCCGGGAGGCCAUGAGGAGACGGUCGACCCCUCGCCGCGCCGCGGCCUUUGCCGCCCUAGCCGCCGCUCUCCCCGGGCUCGCCGGCCUGCUCCCCGGGAGGCCCACAUGGCCCACAUUCGCCCUGGGCGCCCCGGCGCUGUUCGGCGCGGGCGCCCGCACGGCCGCGGAGAGGGCGCGCCGCAGGGCCUUGUCGCAGGAGGACCUUGAGGCAGUGAAGGCGGGCGCGGGCGAGGGCGACGCGGAGGCGCUGUACACCUACGGGGUGCUGCUCCUCCAGGGGGACGGCGUGCCACAGGACGGAAGGCGCUGGCAGUGCAGUACCUCAGGC